CAAAGGUAGGCGGUGAGCGCUUAACCUCGGCGUGCCUUUUGACAUCCCGUCUUCACUUACAACUAGUGUACAAUCAAACGAACAUUACCCGCCCUGACAGCUCGUUGUUCACAGAUCCCUCACGGACAGUCGUUCACUACCACAAUGGCUACCAAUGGAAAACCCCCACCAAUACGUGCCGCGCUGUUUGAUAUGGACGGCCUCCUCAUCGACUCGGAAGAUCUUUAUACAAUCGUGACGAACACCUUGUUGGAGAAAUACAACCGCCCGCCGCUUCCCUGGUCCAUUAAAGCCCAGAUGCAAGGACGACCCGGCCCUCAAGCUGGCGAAAUUUUCCACGCCUGGGCGCAACUUCCCAUUUCCUGGGAAGAAUACAUGGAGGAAAACGUGAAACUGCAGAGGGAGCAUUUCCCCCGCUCGAAGCCGUUACCGGGGGUUCUGGAACUGCUAGAGCAGCUCCGGGAGGCGCGAAUCCAUAUGGCCUUGGCGACGUCAAGUCACAGUGGGAACUACAAGCUGAAGAGCAGCCAUUUGCCGCAUCUGUUUGACGAGUACUUUGAGGAUCGACACAAAAUCCUCGGCGAUGAUCCGAGAAUACCAAAGGGGAGGGGGAAGCCGGCACCGGAUAUCUACCUCUUGGCAUUGGAUGUGCUGAAUGCGACGCUGAGGGAAAGAGGCGAGAAGGAGAUCCUACCAGAAGAGUGCUUGGUGUUUGAGGACAGCGUGCCAGGGGUUGAGGCCGGGCGGAGGGCGGGAAUGCAGGUGGUGUGGUGUCCGCACCCAGGGUUGCUGAUGGAGUACAAGGGUAGAGAAAAGGAGGUCCUCGCAGGGUUGACCGGCGAGCACAAAGAGGACGAGGAAAUCGAGCUAAGGCGCUCAGAGGUACAGGUCAGCCAGGGAAGGAGGAGAGUCGGGCUGCCUGGGGAAGUGGAUGAUGGAUGGGCAAAGCUUCUGGAAACUCUGGAGAAUUUUCCAUAUGAAGAGUUUGGGAUCCAAGUCAGGAGGGAAUUACGGAACUGAUUGAGGAGUUAAUAAGCUGGGGUCCAGUUAGCUCUGGCAUGAUUAGGCGUUUGCGGAAGUCCAAUCCGCCACGGUCGGAUUGAAGACAUGUUAGAUGAAACCGAUCAAUAAUACAGAUGCACUGUUGAGAGGGUGACUGCUUUUUGUAAU